AUGGAAACUUUGAUGACUGGUUCCACCCUGCCUCCCCUUUAUGCAGAGGAAGAUGGCUCCAAGGAGAAUAGUGAUCUGGCUACAGCCCGGCUAAGUCACCCAGAUAUUCCAUAUAGUACUGGAGUUACAUCAUCUACCAACAAUCCAGAAUUUGUGGAGGGUCUCUCCCAAGAUCAAUUGCUUCAGAACGAGCCUUCAAACACAACAGAAGGCACUGAACAGAGGCAUGAAGAUGAGCAAAGAAGUAAACGAGGAGGAUGGUCCAAAGGAAGAAAGAGGAAGAAACCUCUUCGAGACAGCAAUGCACCCAAAUCCCCCCUUACAGGAUAUGUUCGGUUCAUGAAUGAACGGCGAGAACAGCUUCGAGCAAAGAGACCAGAAGUCCCAUUUCCAGAAAUCACAAGAAUGUUAGGCAAUGAAUGGAGUAAACUGCCUCCUGAGGAAAAACAGCGUUACCUUGAUGAAGCAGAUAGAGAUAAGGAGCGUUACAUGAAGGAACUGGAGCAGUAUCAGAAGACUGAGGCCUACAAGGUCUUCAGUAGGAAAACCCAAGACCGUCAGAAAGGCAAAUCUCAAAGACAAGAUGCAGCCAGACAGGCCACUCAUGAUCAUGAGAAAGAAACAGAAGUAAAGGAACGAUCUGUUUUUGACAUCCCUAUAUUUACAGAGGAAUUCCUGAACCACAGUAAAGCUCGGGAGGCAGAGCUACGCCAGCUUCGCAAAUCCAACAUGGAAUUUGAAGAGAGGAAUGCAGCCCUGCAGAAGCACGUGGAGAGCAUGCGCACAGCAGUGGAGAAGCUGGAAGUGGACGUGAUCCAGGAGCGAAGCCGCAACACUGUCUUACAACAGCAUCUGGAAACCCUGCGACAGGUGUUGACCAGCAGCUUUGCCAGCAUGCCCUUACCUGGAAGUGGAGAGACACCUACCCUGGACACAAUUGAUUCAUAUAUGAACAGACUGCACAGUAUUAUUUUAGCUAAUCCCCAAGACAAUGAAAACUUCAUAGCUACUGUUCGAGAAGUUGUAAACAGACUUGAUCGUUAA